AUGUACUUCUCAAGAUCGGUCAUCGUGUCAGCCCUGCUGGGCUUCGCGGCAGCAACAAAGCAUUCGCAGUCGAUUGCAGCAUCGGAAGCACUCCUCGCCUCAUCUACAAGAUCAUCGUCGGGCAGUAUGUCGACAGGGUCGCGACCGUCCAACUCAGCAGCUGGCAUGGUAAACACACACAUCAUCCAAGUCGGUGGCCCCAACGGAUCGCUGGCCUUCUAUCCGAACUCGAUCAAGGCGGCACCAGGAGAUCUUGUGCAGUUUCAAUUCCACCCAAAGAACCACUCCGUCGUCCAAUCUACCUUCGACAACCCUUGCGUCCCUAUCCAGAACAUACAAGCCAACAAGACCGACGCUUUCUUCUCGGGAUUCAUGCCCUCCAAUGCUUCCACCGCCGCAGCAUCGAAGGCUCUGACAUACACGAUUCGUGUCACGGAUACAAAGCCCGUUUGGUUUUACUGUUCGCAGGGAAAGCAUUGCCAGGCUGGUAUGGUUGGUGCCAUUAAUGCGCCGGCAUCCGGUAACCGCACUAUGCAAGCAUUCAUCGGUCUCGCUGCCGCCGCAAAAGAUAACCUAAGCCCCGGUCAGGCAGCUGGUUCCAGCUCAGGCGGAAACACUCCGCCCUCACCCUCAAGCGGUUCGGGCGCCUCUCCUGGCAACGCUGACACCUCGGGUAGUGCUGGUGCAGGUGGUGCAGGCGCAGGUGCAGGUGCAGCGAGCAGCACUGGUGCCAGCCCAGCCCAGCAGACUACCAAUGCUGCUCCGGGUCUCAGCUCGCAGUCGUUCCUUGGCCUCGGUGUAGCUGUUGCUGCUGCAUUCGUCAUGCUGUGA